AUGUGGGAACGCGUAGCAUCCGUACCACUUGUCGCACGCGCAUCGUUCCACCAGCCCGACCGCGAAGAGACACCCGCCCCCAAAUCGGGAAAUACACGUAUCACAACGAGUACUGCGCUACACGCGCACAUAACCCGCGACCAUGUUCUUCUUCUUUACUUGCGGAACACACAGUACGUCUACCCAUCCUCCAUCCUCUCCUCCCUCCUCUCACUCCCAAACGUCCUACUCCCAGCCCUAUCAGUACCCGUCACUAACAUCUUCCUAGCAUUCACCUCCCGCCUCGCCGGCACCGAAAACCUCACGCUCCAAUGCCAAAACUGCGGCAACAACACCGGCCGCGUAAUGAAGCGCUGGGAAUGGUUUACCUUCUGCUUCAUCCCCGUUAUCCCAUUCAGCCUCAAGCCACGCAAAGAAGUGGGGUGCCACGUCUGCAAUUUCUGGCAGGAUAUCAAGUAUCGGCCGGAACUGGCGCAUCUUGCCAAUGCGGGUAAGCCGCAGGAGGGUGGUGCGGCUAUGCCGAUGAAUGGGUAUGGAGGACAGGGUCCGCCGGGUGGUGGUGCACCGCCGGGUUAUGGCCCGCCGCCGCAGGGGGUGCCGCAGUAUAAGUAG